AUUCCAUUUCACCGGAAACUGCAGUUUCGAUAGCUCGUUGCUUUUACCACGGAUCCGGUGAACUUUCCGUGCGUGAAGCGAGUGGAUAUCGAUUUGGUUUGAGUGGGUGUUUUGCCCAAGAUGUCUUUCCCUCCUCAUCUCAACCGGCCACAAAUAGGCAUCCCAGCAAUGCCACCAGGAAUCCCUCCACCACAGUUUGCUGGAUUUCCACCAUCGAUGCCUCCCGGAACCCCAAUGAUUCCUGUCCACAUGGGGAUUAUGACUCAAGCCCCUACGGUUCUUUUGCCCACGGCGAUGUCUGUGGUUAGUAAAGUUGCUGCUCCCAGGAAGGAAAGUAUGGCUGCUCGGGCAAAAGACGACGAUGACAACAACGGUCCCACAACCACCGUGUUUGUAGGGAACAUCUCUGAGAAAGCCUCUGACAUGCUCAUCAGACAGCUGCUGGCCAAAUGUGGUUUGGUCUUGAGCUGGAAACGAGUUCAAGGUGCCUCAGGGAAACUCCAAGCGUUUGGUUUCUGUGAAUACAAAGAGCCUGAAUCUACUCUACGAGCUCUACGGCUGCUACACGAGUUGCAGGUUGGAGAAAAGAAACUUCUGGUCAAAGUCGAUGCCAAAACCAAAGCACAACUGGACGAGUGGAAAGCAAAGAAGAAGAGCACCAGUGAAAAUGGAAAUGGCAAGGCAGAGGAUGCUGGCGACGAGGAAGAGGAGGUUCUGGAUGAAGAAACUAAGAAGCGGGACCAAAUUGUCAAAGGUGCCAUUGACGGCCUGAUCCGGGAGUAUUCAAACGAGCUCAAUGCUCCAUCACAGGACGACGAGUCGAGUCGCCGCAAAAAGAAGAGAGACAAGAAGGGCGAGGAUGACAUCAAUGCCAUGGAAAUGGAAGAUGACAAAAGAGAUUUGAUUUCCAGGGAGAUCAACAAAUUCCGCGAUACCCAUAAGAAAUUGGAAGAAGAAAAGGGAAAGCGAGAGAAGGAGAGGCAAGAGCUGGACCGCGAACGCAAGGAGAGAGACAAGGAGCGCGAGAGGGAACGCGAACGACGAGACCGUGAGCGGGAGAAGGACCGAGAGAGGGAGCGCGAGAGAGAGCGAGAACGCGAGAGGGAGAGAGAAAGAGAUCGAGACCGCGAGCGCACGAAAGAGCGUGAGAGAGAGAGGGACUGGGAGAGAGACCGAAGUCGUGACAUCAGCGAAGACCGCAGCCGAUCCAGAGAACAGAGUCGCGAUAGAGACCGAGAUAAGGAUAAGAAGCGCGAUCGUGAGGAAGAUGAAGAAGAGGCGUAUGAGCGGCGCAAACUGGAGAGGAAGCUGCGAGAGAAAGAGGCGGCGUAUCAGGAGCGUCUGAAGAACUGGGAGCUCAGAGAGAGGAAGAAAGCCAGAGACUACAGCAAGGAGAUCGAGAGGGAGGAAGAACGCCGGCGUGAAAUGGCUAAAGAAGGGAAACGGCUGAAGGAGUUUCUCGAAGACUAUGAUGAUGACAGAGACGACCCAAAAUACUACAAGGGCAGCGCUCUUCAGAAGCGACUGCGGGACAGAGAGAAGGAGGUAGAGCUGGAUGAACGUGACCGGAAACGAGAGAAGGAAGAGCUGGAGGAGAUCAGACAGAGGCUGCUAGCAGAAGGACACCCAGAUCCAGACGCUGAGCUGCGCAGAAUGGAGGAAGAGGCAGAGCGUUUACGGCAGCCGCCCGUGAAGCCUGAGCCUGAGGAGGAGAGAGAACACAAACCCUCUCGAGAAGAGCGAGACCGAGGCAGGGAACGAGACCGAGAACGAGACAGAGAUCGGCGUAAGGCAGUCGUAGAAACUCACGUUCACACUCACGUUCCCUCUGACGAUGAUGUUGAGGAAGGGGAGGAGCUAGAGGAUGAAGAGGAGUCUAAACCCUGCCUCAAACCCACCAUGCGACCCAUCAUGUCCGCCCCCUCAGUGUCUUCAGCCAGCGGAAACGCCACUCCGAACACGCCCAGAGAAGAGUCGCCCUGUGGCAUAAUCAUCCCUCACGAGAACUCGCCACCAGAGGUCCUGCUCCAGGACGAGAACCGCCCCAAGAUCGGCCUCAGCCUCAAACUAGGUUCAUCCGGUAGCCCAGGACAGCCCAGCGUAGCCAAACGGAAGAAGCUGCCGGUGGAAAGCGUCUUCAACCGCUUCGACGACGACGAGGUGGACGAGGCGCCUCGGAAAAGGAAGCUGGUGCCUUUAGACUACGAGGAUGAGGAGAAGGGAGUCGAUGUGGGAGCGAUCGACGGAGGCAAAGGAGUCAAUACGGAGGAGAAGCGUAAACACAUCAAGAGUCUGAUCGAGAAGAUUCCCACUGCCAAACCAGAGCUCUUCAACUACCCGCUCGACUGGUCCGUCGUCGACACGACACUUAUGGAGAAGCGUAUUCGACCAUGGAUCAAUAAGAAGAUCGUAGAGUACAUUGGUGAAGAAGAAGCCACAUUAGUUGACUUUGUUUGCUCCAAGGUAAUGGCCCACAGUACACCACAAGGGAUCUUAGACGACGUCGCGAUGGUGCUGGAUGAAGAGGCUGAGGUCUUCAUAGUUAAAAUGUGGAGGCUAUUGAUUUAUGAAACUGAAGCCAAGAAGAUUGGACUUGGGAAAUGAACAAGCAUUGAACUUUGCUUUUUACUUCCCGUUUGGGCUGGACAGCUCAUCUAGGUUUAAAAACAACUUGGGAAACUCGACCAGUUCCAACCUUUGGAGUUAAUAAAUAUUGAGCCGUUUGAUUUCUCACGUCCCAGACGCCUCCAUAAGACGGCGGCAGCCGCGAGCACCGACUCUAAACGUCUGUUUUUAGCUACCGAGAGGAAGAGGUUUGAUUUCUCAGGGCCUUCCUGUUGAAUCCAUCUUCAGAGUAGCGUCAUCUUGCCCGGUUAGCGUCUCUUUCUGUGAGUGCCCAUUGUAAAUUCCUAUUGUAUUGAUUGCCAAUCAUGUCUGGGUUGUGAUUUUACCAUUUACGUUCUUUUUGGUCACCCUCACCAACCGUACCAAAGAGUUUUCCCCAGUUGUUUCGCUAAAACAAAACCAGUUGAUUGGACCCCAACACUGUUCAGACGGUCUCUCACUAAACUGAAUUACAUGAAAACGAUUGUCUUUGUUUUUGUACUUACCAGUGGAUGUGUUUUGAAUAAAAGUAAUUUUUUUUUAGUAAAAUCA